AUGAGGGCCAGGUCACGCCCCCUAUGGAGGAUGAUCAUGACCAGUACGGUGUUGCCGAUUCUGUGCCUGAUGGACUGGAAUUCGCCCAAAUGUCGUCUGAAUGCACCUCCACCACGAUUUGCACCCAACUACGAUGUGAACAAAGCGCGAGCCCACGAUUUAGCACGAAAUCGUGCCAAAUCGGCUAUCAGAGGCAAUGAAGACGAUAGAAUUUCUGAUUGGAGGAGCAGCGGGACAGGUCAGAUGUUAUUUCCAUGCAUAAAGCUGGAGUGGGAGAUAAGUGAACAUUUAAUUGAUCAUUGA